UGCAGUUAUGCUUGGCACAUUAAUUUCUUUUCAAAGAGCCACACAAAGACCAACAGUGGAAAUCACACAGGGGUUGUUUGGAUUCCAGCGUUUUCUCCGCCACACACGGCUAAUCGCAGUGUUUCCUUUGUAAAAAAAUUGGCGUUUUGCUCCACACGCCAAUAUCCAAACAACCCCGUAGUGUAAGAUGAAAAAACUAAACAAAAAAUUGAAUACGCUGUGAUUUGUUAAUUUUUUUUCGAAAAUGUAUACUCUGUGAUUUUAUAUAAAAAUAUUAUGUUUCAGUGAAAUCUCAACAACAAUCAAGGGGUUAUAUCUUUUUAACUUUGGCUCAAGAUCCUGAGUAUCAUUUGGCACAGAUUGCCGAUGCCGUUGUUGUUGCUAAACACCUUGGAGCUACACUUGUCCUUCCAAACAUAAAAGGAAAUGAACCAGGGAAGAAAAGGAAGUUUGGUGAUAUCUAUGAUGUGAAGAAGUUUGUUGAAAGCCUGGAUAAGAAAGUGCCUCUAGUUAUGGAUCAUCAAGCAACAGAAAUAUCCAACCAAAAGGUUAACAAAGUGAAGGUUCCUAACAUGGUUUCCAAAGAGUUCAUCAGCUCAAAAGUUGAGCCAGUAUUCAAGAGCACGCCAAAUAUAAGGAUUGCCACUUACUUCCCAGCAUCAAUGGAACAAACAAGAAAACUAAAUCCAUAUGCAUGCCUGGCUGUGUUUGACACCCUCAAGUUGAGGCCGGAAUUGCAAGAAUCUAUAGACACAAUGGUAUUAACACUAAGAAGUCUCAGUUCCCAUUCACAAGGCCGAUUUGUCGCGGUUGAUUAUAGGGUGGAGAGCCUACCCGAAGGCGGUAGUAAGUGUCCUGACAGUGAAACAUCAACCCAAAACUGCAUUGAUGCCAAUGAUAUAGUUAUGCAUUUACAAAAGAUCGGUUUUCCCAGAGAAACAACCAUUUAUUUGACACUAAAUGGGUGGGAUUCAAGCCUUGAACAUUUCCGAAAAGCCUUUCCCAACACUUACACCAAGGAUGUAAUCAUCCCUUCGAACGACAAGUCAAAGUUCUUGGAUCCUGAACAUCCUGAACUCAGACAGAUUGUGGACAUAUAUAUAUCUUCAAUGGCAGAUGUUUAUGUACCCACAUCAUCAAACAUGUUUAAUGACAACAUUGUGGCAAGGAGAAUCGCAGCUGGAAAGACCCGAGUUCUUGUGCCAGGCAAGGGAUCAUCGGAUUCUGCAGAUGACUAUGUUCCUGCCUACAUAUCCAUGAAAAGGCAUUGGGCAUAUUCAUGCUUUUGUUGAUCAAAUCAAUUAAGUCAAAAUAAUGGAUGUUUGAUAAGGUGAUGAAUAAUAAGGACAGAAUGUCCAAGUAAGUUAAGUAACUAUCUAUCCAUCUACCGCCUUGUAAGUUUUUUUUUUUGAGGGAUACCGCCUUGUAAGUUGAUAACAGUUAUAAGGGUCAAGUCUUAAAUCUUGUGAAAUGUUCAUAUGCACCUAAGUUUGAUCUUUUUCAACAUAUGUGUUGUUCAGAA